CUUGGUGUCACUACUAGACUAUACAAUGUUUUGUACUGUUAGAAUGUACAAACUGGAUCCAGCCUCAAUGCAGAUACUAAGGAAAACUGCAAGUAGUUUCCAUUUUGCUUUCUGAUGCCAUAUUUACAAUACUUUGGAUAUUUUAUUCUGUGAAGGAGCAGAAGCUAUAGCUACUUAUCACAAUGCUGAAUACAGAAAGAAACAGAAGCACCAGGAUGAUGUUUAUAUGGCAAGUAUUUUAUUUUACUUCAUUUUUCUUUGAACACAUCUCUGGUCAGUUGCAAUAUUCUAUACCUGAAGAAUUAAAAAAGGGAUCUGUGGUUGGGAAUGUGGCUAAGGACCUUGGGUUGAGUGCUAAAGAUCUAACAAUGAGAAAAUUUCAAAUUGUUUCUCAAGCCAAAAAGCAGUAUUUUGGAGUUAAUCUUGAAAAUGGAGACUUGAUUGUUGCAGAAAGAAUUGACAGAGAGGUGUUAUGUGGAACAAAACAAACAUGCUUUAUAAAUUUGGAGGCUGUUAUAGAAAAUCCCUUGCAGUUUUACACAAUUACUGUGGAAAUCCAGGAUGUGAAUGACAACUCUCCUACUUUUUCCAAGAAAUACUUUGACAUAGGCAUCAGUGAAUCAGCAAGUCCUGGAACACAGUUUUCUUUAGGUAUUGCACAAGAUCCUGACUUAGGUUUCAAUGCUGUAACUAGCUAUGCACUGAAUGGUAUUGAAUACUUUAGCCUUGGAGAAAGAACUACCAAGGAUGGCAUUACAUAUCCAGAAAUCAUACUAGAAAAGUCUCUGGACAGAGAAAAGCAAAGUUUCUAUGAGCUGAUUUUAACUGCUUUUGAUGGCGGAAAGCCUCAGAAAUCUGGGACCGCUAUAGUGAAGAUUGUUGUUCAAGAUGUCAAUGAUAACUUCCCUGUGUUUACUCAAGAUACCUAUAACAUAAGGCUACCUGAGAAUGUGCCUGUUGGCUUUACAGUAACUCAUCUGAAUGCAACUGAUGAAGAUGAAGGAACUAAUGCCUUAAUUUCAUAUUCAUUUAGCAACAUUCCUGAAACUGCUCGUCAAAUAUUCAGUAUUGGUGCUCAAAAUGGGGAUGUUAAAAUCAUAGGAAAUUUGGAUUAUGAAAGUUCAGACACUUAUGAAAUGACUGUAGAAGCGAAAGAUGGUGGAGGUCAUGUGACAAAUUGCAAGUUAUCUAUACAGGUGAUUGAUGUGAAUGAUAAUGUCCCAGAAAUAACAAUCACAUCUCUCUCAGAAACAAUUCCAGAAAAUUCCCCACCUGGUACAGUGAUAGCAUUGAUUAAUGUUCGUGAUUUGGAUUCAGGAACGAAUGGUGAAGUUGCAUGCCAGAUAUCUAAUACACUUCCUUUUCAACUAAUACCAUCAUCAAGUAGCUACUAUAAACUUGUUACUGCAUCAAACAUGGAUCAAGAAAGAAAUUCUUUGUACAACAUUACAAUUCAAUGUAUUGACAGUGGAUCUCCUCCAAUGUCGAGCAAUAAGCAAAUGAAGUUAAUUAUCUCUGAUGUGAAUGACAAUCCCCCUCUUUUUGAAAAAAUGAAUUAUCUCAUCUAUAUUGCAGAAAAUAAUCAGCCAGGGACCUCAGUACACAAAGUCCAUGCUUUAGACAUUGAUCGUGAUGAGAAUGGAAAAAUCACUUACAGCAUUAUAAAUAGUGACAUAGAAUCUAUUCCAGUGUCAUCUUAUGUUUCCAUAAACUCAAUGACAGGGAUUCUUUAUGCUCAAAGAUCAUUUGACUAUGAACAGUUACGAGAAUUUCAGUUCCAGGUGAUGGCUAAGGACAGUGGAUCCCCUCCUCUAAGCAGUAAUGCCACCAUAAGAAUAUGUAUCAUAGAUAAGAAUGAUAAUGCCCCUAAGAUUCUGUAUCCAUCACCAGAAACAGAAGGAUCAUCUUUAUUUGAAUUUAUCCCCCACUCUGCUGAGAAAGGUUAUCUAGUGACAAAAGUAAUUGCAGUGGAUUCUGACUCUGGACACAAUGCCUGGCUUUCUUAUAAUUUACUGCAUGUUUCAGAACCUUCAUUAUUUGUUAUAAGCCAAAACGGUGAAAUCAGGAUAGGUCGAGAACUUCCAGAUGUGGACUCCUUAAGGCAAAAGAUUGUAAUUCUUGUAAAGGACAAUGGAGUCCCAGCCUUGUCAUCUACAGCUACUUUAAAUCUGGUUGUGGCAGAGAGCUUUCAACAAGUUGUGCCAGAGAUAAAAAAACAACCCAACUUGACAGACAUUUCAUCAAAUGCAACAUUCUACCUGGUGAUAGCUAUAGCUAUGAUUUCUGUUCUAUUUAUUGUGACAGUAAUGGUUACAAUUAUUCUUAAAUGCAGAAAAACAAGCUAUCCAGGAACAAACCUAGGAACAUAUAACAGAAAUGUGUAUCCUCAGUUCACUGUGGGUUGUCCUUCUGAGAUCAGCGAUACAAGUCUACCUUUUCCAUUCUCCUAUGAUGUGUGUGUAACUCUUGACUCAAAGCAAAAUGAAAUUGCUUAUCUCAGACCAGUCCAGAAUGUCCCCACAGACAAUCUCAUUGACACUGAUGAUUCAACAGCUGUGAAUAGUUUAACUCAAGAGAAUUUGCCUCAACACAAUUGUAUUCAGGUAUGUGAAACUAAAUGUUAUAUGUGUAAUAAGUUAUUUUCAUUCACAGACCAAAAAAGGUAAUUUGCCUGAUAAUACGUAUAUGCAUUGGUAGAUCCACAAACACACACUCACACUGCUCAAAG